AUGGCCGUGGAGGAGAAACCUGCCUCAGGAGUCCGCUUCGGAAGACUGAAUGUAGUCCGACACCUUAUCAACUUUGGGGUCAAUCCUGCAGCUCUGGCUUAUGCCAUGACCACGCUGGGGUCUGCUAUGAUAAACAAUAUAUUCAGCUUCUACUAUGUCAAACUCUUUCUCAAUAAAUACAAGAUAUCAGAGGGAGCUUUCCACCAAUCACAAGUGGUGUACAUGGUGUGGAAUGCAGUCAAUGACCCUCUCUUCGGCUACCUGCAGGAUAACUCCAGAGUGCCCUGCUGCUCUCAGCGACGUCUCUCCAUCCUGUACGGUGCUCCACUUUACUCUCUGGCCUUUCUCAUAGCCUGGUUCCCAUGGCGCUCCUACGCUCCGGGUGACUGGUUGAGUGGCUUACAUCUGAUGGUGGCGCUGUGUGCUUUUGAUGGCAUGCUGACAUUUGUGCUGCUGGCACAGUGUGCGUUGUUUGCGGAGAUUUCCGGCCACCAUCAGAGCCGACUGAGACUUAUAAAGUACAGCCAGGUGGCCUCUCUCAUUAGCUCCACCAGCGUCCUCUUCUGUGGUGUGAUUUCCAGAAACAUGGAGGACUUCACGGCCUUCCAAGCCUUCACAGUGCUCAUUGCUAUCCUGAGCUGUGGCUGCAUGCUCUACACAGGCCUCCACAGCGAGAGUCGCUUUGAUAACAAAGGCUCUGAAUCUGAUAUGCAGGGAUGUAUUGACCAGACCUGCCAACAGACAGACUCUUCCUUCUCCAUGUUAAGAACAUUGACAUGGCAAAUCCUGACCAACAGGGACUUUCAGCUAUUCGUGCUCAUGAACUUCUGCCAGGUUUUCAUGUUGGCUUUCUUCAAUAACUUUACCAUGAUAUUUGCUGAGCACCUGAUUCCCCCAGAUGUGCUUCCAUCUCUGGCCAAGAGCAUCAUGUACGGAGCGGGAUUCAUGUGUCCACAGCUGUUAGUAUUGAGCUGUCAGAAUCUGCUGCAUGGUCUCGGCUACUACAGGAUCAUCCUCUUCGCCUUCUACCUGGAGGCUGGGAUGGCAGCUAUCAUGCUAGCACUUGGUCCGCAGCAUUACUACAUCCUGGCAUUUUUCCUCACCGUUAACAUGGUCUUUAUUCAAGCAACCUUCAGUCUUUUUGGUUUGCCUUUGGCCGACAUCAUUGACACGGACCUGCAGAAGUACAAGCGCAGUUCCCCUCUCUCCUCCAUGGUGUUUGGGACGAAUGCUCUGUUCACCAAGCCAGCUCAGUCUCUGGCCCCAAUGAUAGUGCUCAGCAUCCUCAACCAGUUUGGUUAUGAACAGCUGAAGGAAGCAGGAACUGAUUCAGAUCCAAGCGCCUUGAAGAGCCUCCAUAGCGUGAUGUUCUACCUGGUGUGUGUGGUACCAAUGUGUGUCGCUGCAGUGCAAGUCCUGGCUUGGAGGCCGUUUUCCAUCCGCGACAGUCACACAGUCGACACAAAGUACAUUGACAGCUAACUGCAGUGUUUUCAACAUUCAGAGGAAGCUGGCUAGCAUCUCUUUAGCUGGGAUUGGGGAAAAUUCUUCAUUACUGAGUGAGAGAUUAUGUUGAAAGUAACUUGAAAAUUACUGUAUAUUUAAAUUAAUGUUUUGGGCAUUACUGCCCUCUCUGAGAGAGAGACGAUGACAUGCAGCGAAGAGCCCAGACCGGUUUCAAACCUGGUCCACUGCGAUAAGGUAAGCCUUAACACAUCAUAUGCACUUAACCAGGUUAGCUACCUGUGUGCCCCAAAAUGACUGUAUAUUUGAGUUUAUGAAUAUAUACAGUAUACUGCAAAGUACAUGUCACUAUCAGCCACAACAUUAAAACCAGUUAUAUAUACAGACAGAAAGGUGACAAAUUAAAGGAAAAACCAAUAUUAAGUGUCUGUGUAAGGCGUUGGCCACCAGAACAACUUCAGUGCACCAUGGCAUUGGUUCAAGUCUCAGGACUCUACUGGAGUAAUAGAGCACCGUUCCUCCAAAAGAUAUUCCCUCAUUUGGUGUUUUGAUGAUGGUGGAGGAGAGCGCUCGCUAACAUUUUGGUCCAAAUUCUCCCAUAGGUGUUAAACUGGGUUGAGAUCUGGCGACUGUGAAAGACAUAGCAUAUAUCCAUUCAGUAACAUGCACUGUCAUCCUGUUUCUCCACUCACCUUUCAGGGUUUUCCUUUGAUUUGUCAGUCAUCUGUCUAUUUAACAACACAACAUUAAAACCAUUAACUGGAUUUUGUGGCUGAUUGGUGUGAAUGUCAAACUUUUAAGUGAAAAUGUAAAUGUAAAUGUCUGGCAUGGAGAGAAACAAUAAUAGAAAGAGAGAGAUAAUAAUCUAUGCAAAGAGGACACUUCCUCAUUCCUUCCUUCCAUUACCUCCAAAGACAGUUUCCCUACUGUUAUGGCAUAAAGGAGGGAUUUGGCAUAUUGAUGAUCAUUAGUUGGAUCUGAAAGUUUUUUCGAUUCCUAGUAUACUAUAUACUAUAUAUUAUAUACCAAUUCCUACUAUUGUAUAUGAAAAGCCACUAAUGAGUCUUUCAUUAAUUUCUUUAUGUUCUACAACUGUCUCAUCCUCAAACACUGGAUAGCUGGACCAAACACACCAGGGACCAUGAUACUUAAUGUCAGUCUGGGAGUCCUUUACCUUGACAAAAUCCAGUCUUGUGGUCUUUUCACUUGUGAUAAAUGUAAGACACUUUGUCUAGUCACUGACCUCUGCAGGUAAUUUGCUGGAACAUGCUGUAUGAUGGCUGCGCUCUGCAAUAAAAGGGACCAAUUCCUUGACAGACGGGCAAAAAAAUACUGCUUUGUGCUUAAAAGAGGAAUUGUGCUUGAUUCAACAUUAAAACUGAAAGUAAAUCUAAAAGUUGCUACAGAAAUUGUCCUAAAUCACUCAACUGAAACAGAAGUGAUAAAUGCUGACAAUGGAAAUUAGGAGCAGUGGUGUUCCAUUAAAUGACAGCUGACUAAAAUAAACUUUAUGCCUGUAUGGCAUACACUGCCUGUUUGCAGUGAAAGGUCGUAGCUCUUAAACCAAGCCUGGUCAGGGAGGGGAACCUAUAGACUGACUACUGACUACCUCCUAUGUAGCCACAUGGUUAAAGGACUUGUAAAAUGUAAAGUACGUCAGUUUGAUUUUUCAAACUGUCAUUUUGUAGUACAUGCACAACAAGACAUUAAAAGCACUCCAUUUACACAAUUAUCCCAAGGUUGUAGAGCUAUAUACUGUUAUAUCCCAACAGUAUAUAGCUCUAGAGCUAUAUACUGUUGGGAGAUGUGGAGCACGGACUCAAAUGUCAUUUGCAAGCAUUGCUUAUAUGCAGGUUGCAAAUUCUUGUCACAAAUGAGUGUCACUUGCAAAUUUCAAGUCCUGCACGGCUCCGGCAUGCUCAUGUUUGGUUUGCAAGUAUCAUUAUUUAAGUAUAACAUGACAGGUUCACCUGAAACAAAGUGAAAAAACUGCCACUAACAUGACAGUAUACCAUCAUCUUUGCUGUAAACAUGAGCAAAAUUACACGUUGUAGCUUUAACGCCAGCGUUGCUCCAGAGUGCAGUGUUGCAGCUUGAUGCUCCGACAUGCAUUUACACCUGUGUUUCAGAUGUUUAGUUUACAAGAGAGUUUAAUGAAGGAGAAAAGGACGAAAGGGAAAAAUUCACACAGACUUUGGGUUCGGGCGAAUAGUAAAAACGUCAGUCAUCUCUGCUAGAGGUUCAUAUCACAGCUUUUUAUUUGGCCAAAAAAAGAAGUGGAUGUACAUAUAAACAUUCACCUUGACCUUUUUAGUAAUAAACCCACUAAAUUCUGUUAACUGGAUGGAUCUGGAUUCUUUCUUUGGGCAUUUGCAAUGAACGACAAAAGAUGAAAGUCACUGAACAGAAUGUGUCGGCAUGAUGCCUCAAAAACAUAUCAGAAUGUUAAAUAUUGCCGUACUGUGAAUUUCUCAUAAGUUGACAGGUAAGAACCACUCCAACACCAAAAAUAAAUAUACCUUUUCCUUUCUAAUUUAACCUGGUGUCUUAUAAGCUGUAUUAAAUAUACAGCUACCUUUUAAUGUGCCUUUUUGUCUUUACAUGAACUUUCUAUGGUCAAAUUACAUGUUGAACCUUUUGUUUUGCUUUUGCUUAAAUUUCUACACAACUAGAACCUGAAUUAUGAUAUUAUAUUUUUACAUGUUUGCAAAAUUGCUAUUUCAUUAUGUGUUGUGAAUUUUUUCAAGAUAGUUAUUAAAUCAUCUUGGUGUUAAGUGAUAUGAUUUCUACUCCAGCACAUUUGCUCCUCUGUGUAUCCUGAAAAUGUGCUACUUUGUACUCUCUGUUCCUGAAUGUACCAUUCACACAGUUUUUCUAUCAAGGGGCUUAUUAAUCUAAAUGUAUGGAAGACAUUCUGCAUUAAAAUCACAUGUGGCUCAGCUGCAUUUCUGAAUUGAA